UUCCGGUUCAGGUCAAGAUGUUUUCAUCGAUUUCUUCUCCCGUUAGUUGAUUUUAGUUAUACACUACAGUUAUGUACUAUUUACUGUAGUUACUGAUUAAAUGCUUAAAAAAUGUCAGCCAAAUCAAGAAGAGAAACAUCGUUUCCUAUUCAUUGUCUGGUGUGGCAUAAUGAAUUUGGAAAACUUGAUCAGGAACUUGCAACAAACAAGGAGGAGUUGGAGCGGAAAGAUCCAAGAGGAAGAACCCUGCUGCAUCUGUCAGUGUCUUUGGGUCAUCUGGAGUCCACUCGCGUGUUGCUGAACCAUGGCGCAGAUGCGAGUGCAGAGAAUGGACAGAACUGGACAGUCCUACAUGAGGCAACAGCGACAGGUGACCCAGAGUUGUUACGCAUCGUGUUACAGUACAGAGAUUACCAACGACACACACGCCGUACAGCCUGCACACCUGAGGCACUUCAGCGACUCAAUGAUGCGCCGGACUUCUACGUGGAGAUGACGUGGGAGUUCACGAGCUGGGUGCCGCUGGUGUCGCGCGUGUGUCCGAGCGAUACGUACCGCGUGUACAAGAGCGGCGCGAGCGUGCGCAUCGAUACAACGUUACUCGGAUUCGACCAGAUGAACUGGAUGCGUGGCUCGCGCAGCUACGUGUUCAAGGGCGAAGCGGACCGCGCGACCGUCAUGGAGGUGGACCAUGACCUUGAGCAGGUCUACUCCGAGCAGAUGGAGAUUCUCACGCCGCCGCCGGACGUCGGCAUGAUGAGGCCGUCCGAGCGCAUGAUCGCCGCGCGUCUCACGUCGCCCGUCAUGACUACCUUCCUAGACACGGAGAAGAUCGCAUUUGAGAGGGCAAAGGCAGGUAUCUGGGGUUGGAGAAGUGACAAAGAGGAAAAUAUCAAUAGCUAUCCAGCCAAGGUAUUUACAGCCAAUAAUGUCGAGCUGCUGACAAAGUCACGCGUCGAACACAUGUCUGAGACGGACAAAAAGCAAGCCAGCUCACGGACUCUGAAAACGCCCAUCCAUUCAUUCUUAGGCUUGGCAGAACUGGAGGAAGCUGCAGCUGGUAAAACAGUAAAUGGGGAAACGACGACAACGACUGAUUGUUACAACCCAUCCCACAUCAGCCCUGAAGAGUAUUUCAAUGACAAACUGGACCUUGGGUCGCGAGACAUUGGCAGACCAAAGGAGCAAACGACAAAAUCACAGCGCUUUAAAGCCAGCCUAUGGCUCUGUGAAAAAUAUCCAUUGGAUCUUCAGGAGCAGGUACUUCCUAUCAUAGACCUGAUGGCGACUAGCAAUGCACAUUUUGCCAAACUGCGCGACUUCAUAACUCUACAGCUGCCAUCCGGUUUCCCGAUCAAAAUAGAGAUACCACUGUUCCAUGUAGUUACCGCUCUAUCAUUGUCGUCUGCACACAGAGAUACCACUGUUCCAUGUAGUUACCGCUCUAUCAUUGUCAUCUGCACACAGAGAUACCACUGUUCCAUAGAUACCACUGUUCCAUGUAGUUACCGCUCUAUCAUUGUCGUCUGCACACAGAUACCACUGUUCCAUUGCACCGUGCCGUCUGCCUCGCUCAGCAUCGUCACGUUCGGCACGGCUUCCUCCGACGCGUUGAUGUUGCCAAACGUCACCCGCGCGUUUAGCACGUGGAACAGUGGAGACGUGCACCGAGUGGAGCACAUUAGAGAUGAGGAUGAUGAGCUGCUGCAGUUUGCCAUCCAGCAGAGCCUCCUAGAGAACGGAAGCGAAAACGAUCAGGUGACCGUCUGGGAGGCGUUGACCAACAGAAGACCAUCCGAUACGUCGCCGAAUCAGCCGAAUCAAACUGUUCCGCCAUCAGCCUAUAUCAGCUACGAAGAGCGACAGUUGCAGAGGGCAAUCGAGGCGAGUCUGCACGACACGGCGGCGGCGGCGGCAGCAGCGCCUGCUGCCACGAGCGUUCGCUCCAGCGACAGCGACGUUGUCGACAUAUCAAACGGAAACACGAGCGAAAACAGCGAGUCUGAGUGCAGCGAUGACCAGCUGCGCAUCGCCAUGGCGAUGUCUCAGCGUGAGGCCGACGGUGCGGCAGCGCGCCACAAGCAGGAGCAGGCUGAGCUCGAGCUCAUCAUCCAGCUGUCGCUUACCGAGAAGUAACCGUGGCGACGCACGGCGGCAUCCAUCGCCCGCAGUUACGGCAGACUUUAGCGGAGGGGCCCUGCACACGCGCGAUGUUUUUCGUGGUGUCGUCGUGGCAAAUCUGCUUGCGUGCGUGCUUGCGUGUGUGUGUUGGUGUGUUUGCAGGUGCGUGUGUGUGCGUGUGUGUGUGUUGGUAUGUGUGUGUUGUGUGUGUGUGUGUGCGGGCGUGUGUAUGUGCGUGUCUCCACUCCGUGGCUACAUCGAUGCAGUCUUGCAAGCGUAUAGACAUGAAUGACUCGCGUGCAGCAGAGGAAAAGCUGCAUGUUGUGUUUUUCAUGUAGCCAGCACUAGUAUGGACCCACGCGAGCGUGACAGCCGUUUGCUCGUGGUUGAUUCCACGUUUGAACAGAGCCCACCAUUAUAUGGCCUAUCUACUGUAUUAGGGUUUCAAGCAUUGCAGAGGAUAGCUUAGGUGUCAUUAGCUAGUCAGUGCUUGCACAUAUCACCUUGCUAUCUUCAUCAUCAUCCACGAUAAACAAAGACAUGUCAGUCGUCCAAGUGCUAACCCACAGUUUUUUGGAGAUAGUCGACUUUUUUUUUUAUCAAGGUGCACUACAUUAUUUGAUUUAAUCAUGAUGUCAUUAACUGUUGUAUGGCAACUAAGGUUAUCUAUUUCCUAUAUGCUUGCUCUACCUGUGUACCAUGUAUUUGCUGAGUAUAUCUGUAGCCAAAUGUAAUUUUUAUCGAAUUUUGUAUCAUUUAUAGAAUGCUCAUAGUUCGUCUGCUGUUUUGGUGACUUUUCAGAUAUAUUUGGAUGUUAUGUGUUACAUUUCUACGGAAGGAGUGAAAUAGCUUCAAUAUUUAAAGAAAGAGUUAAGUUGCUCUUAAGUCACAAUAUUACUUUAAAAAUGUGUACGCAGGAGAUUGACACGUGUUCAAGACACCGUGUUACUGUCCCACUUGGAAAAAACUUGCGAGGUCUUCAAUCGUUUAAUACUAUGUCAGACAGCAUAAACGUAUCUAUAGACAUUAUAUAGAUAUACGAUCAUGUCGACAGCACGACCAGGGUAUAAAGGUGUGCCCUGACACACAUAAAAAGUGUAUAAAGGUGUGCGUGUAGUCAUAGAUGUAUUACGGUUGGUCGUUGUCGCUGUAGUGUGUCUUGACCUUUAUACAGCGAUACGACGUUCGUCUUUCUGAUACUCAAUUUUCGUAUUCAUGUCUCAGAAGAAGGUCUGUUGCGUCUGUGAUGCAGGGAGAGAGAGUGAGAGAGAGAGAGAGAGAGAGAGA